ACCAAGAAACAAUUAGUGCCUGCACUGCAUUGUUUUCAAACAAAACAGAGGAACUAGAUCGGUCUCAAUCAGUUUAUCGAGAACAACAGCAAAAAUAACAUCUCGAGCCAACAGCACACACAAACUCAGCGAAUUUUCUAUUUCGUGCCGAUUCUCUUCGAAAAAAUAACAUGUGCAUAGUGUAAUACGGUCCGCAAAAUACAAUACGGAGUCAUAUUUAGUUAAACCAUAAUCUUAUUUAGUUGAAGAAAAAAAAUCAAGUUACUGAAAGAACAAAAUCACACACAGAAAAACAAAUCACAAUGUCGUUCCAAAGUGUCCGCAAAAUGUGCUUGAAAUAUGUAGUGCUGACCGUGGUGUUGAGUUCAUUAGUGCUUGCCGAUCAGGCGACCGAAAAUAGUGAAUCGUUGGUAUCAAAAAUGACCUGGGAUUGUGCCAAUAAUGCCAGCUGUUUCAAUUCAAUCAAAAAUGAAUUCUUGCACGGAUUACAACAACGCAAAUCAUUCAAUUUCGAUGGAUUAUUCAGCAUUGAACCAACGGUCGGUGACAAAUCGAAACCAAUUAGCGAGGGACGUGGAUUUAUGUCAAACAUUUUCGCUGACAAUAAAUUGCGCAUCCCAUUCGGCGGACUCGCUAUGACCAUUCAACGUGCCGAACAAUAUCCCGACUAUCUUGAAGUUGCUAUCGAAAAGAAUGCACAAGAAGAAGGUCGUCGUCGCAACGGACUUGGUAGUGGACACGGAGGUGGGCUCGGUGGCCAUGGUGGACUUGGUGGCGGUGGUGGUGGAUUGAGAAAGAGCAAAAAAUAUGUGCAAACAUUCAUUCCAUUGUUCUUGGCAUUCAACGCUGUUGGCUGGAUGUUACUUGCCGUUAAGGCAGUUGCUGUUUUAACCGUUAAAGCAUUAGUUGUCUCGAAAUUGGCUUUGCUUGUGGCCGGUACCAUUGUUUUCAAGAAGCUCAUGGAUUCUGCUACCGAAAAAUGGCAUGGAUUCGACCACGGUGAUCAUGGUUUAGUUGGAUUACCAUACAACAUGGAAUACGCUUUGCCCAGUCAUAACUAUCACACAACCGCUGAAUUGAACGGAGGUGAUUUGUUCUCAAUGCCAUUGCAACAAGCUGCUCACGAUGCCGUUGCCGUUCAACCAGCUGCCACACACACGUUCCAAACGGAAGCCUUAGCCCCAUCAGAAAGUCAACUUAGUCCAGUCAUUACCGGUUUUACUGCCCAACAAAAAUCAGCCCAUAUCGCACAACCAUUGGUCGCCACUUCAACUGGAGCAAAGGUGAAACGCCAAGAUGACAUUUGGACAGGUUACCUCAAGAAACCAAUGUUCUAUAAUGGUGCUUCAUACUUCCAAGGUUAAAAAACCCAAACAUCGAUUCGUAAAAACUACCCGAAAAUUACGUCGAAAUAAAAAAAAAAGAACGAUUCGAAAAAACGGUAUCUCCUUCUUCAUUCGUGGGCUCCUAAGACAUUAAAAAAGAAAUUCCGAAAAAACCUCCCAAAAACGUGAAUGUGUUUAAAAUCCAAUUCAAAUGGUCAAAUUCUUUUGCUCAACGUUCUGUUCGGAAAAUUUUUGAUUUUUUUUGUCAUAAAAAACUAAUUUCUCUUUUGAGUUUUUAAAAAAAUACCGAUUGUUGUUUUUUUGUUCUAUUUUCCCAAGUUUUUUUUAAUUCAAUUCAAACGAAUGUGCUGAGAGAUGUUAGAAGAGGUGGAAGAGAUGAAAAUAGACAAAAAAAAAGAAACAAA